GAUGAAGCUCAAGGAGAUUGAUCGCACUGCUAUUCAAUCAUGGAGUCCUGCCCAACAUCAUCCCAUUUACCUGGCCACGGGUACAUCUGCUCAGCAGUUGGAUGCAACUUUCAGUACCAGUGCCUCCCUAGAAAUAUUUGAGCUGGACUUGUCUGACCCUUCACUGGAUAUGAAGUCCUGUGCUACAUUCUCCUCUUCUCACAGGUACCAUAAGCUGAUAUGGGGGCCUCAUCGAAUGGCUUCAAAUGGCAGUCUUUCAGGAGUUCUGAUUGCAGGUGGUGAAAAUGGAAAUGUUAUUUUGUAUGAGCCAGCUAAAAUUAUAGCUGGAGACAGCGAAGUCAUAAUUGCCCAGAAAGACAAGCAUACUGGACCAGUAAGAGCUCUGGAUGUUAAUAUUUUCCAGACAAAUCUUGUAGCUUCGGGUGCUAAUGAGUCUGAAAUCUAUAUCUGGGAUCUGAACAACUUUGCCACGCCAAUGACACCAGGAGUUAAGACGCAGCCCUUAGAAGACAUCAGCUGUAUCUCAUGGAACAAGCAAGUCCAGCACAUCUUGGCAUCUGCCAGUCCUAGUGGCCGUGCUACUGUGUGGGAUCUCAGGAAAAAUGAACCAAUCAUCAAAGUCAGCGACCACAGCAACCGGAUGCAUUGCUCAGGCUUGGCAUGGCAUCCUGAUGUGGCUACACAGAUGGUCCUGGCUUCAGAAGAUGACAGGUUGCCUGUGAUUCAGAUGUGGGAUCUUAGGUUUGCUUCCUCUCCAUUUCGUGUUUUGGAAAAUCAUACCAGGGGUGUUUUGACCAUUGCUUGGAGUAUGGCAGAUUCUGAGUUGUUACUCAGCUGCGGAAAGGAUGCUAAGAUUCUCUGUUCUAACCCUAACACAGGAGAGGUGUUGUAUGAACUUCCCACAAACACACAGUGGUGCUUUGACAUUCAGUGGUGUCCCAGAAACCCUGCUGUGCUUUCAGCAGCUUCUUUUGAUGGGCGGAUCAGCAUUUACUCCAUCAUGGGAGGAAGCACAGAUGGUUUGAGGCAGAAGCAGGUAGACAAGCUCUCCUCCUCCUUUGGAAAUCUUGAUCCAUUUGGUACAGGGCAGCCUCUCCCACCAUUGCAGCUUCCACAGCAGACAACUCCACAAAGCAGUGUUCUACCAUUAAAGAAGCCACCCAAGUGGAUCCGACGACCUGUGGGUGCAUCAUUUUCAUUCGGAGGGAAGCUGGUUACAUUUGAGAAUACAAAGUCCCAGCAGCAGCAAGGAACUGAGCAGCCACCACACCACCAUGUGCAUGUGAGCCAGGUUGUCACUGAGAAGGAGUUUUUGAGCCGCUCGAAUCAGCUGCAGGAAGCUGUGCAGUCCGAAGGAUUUGUCAGCUACUGUCAGAAAAAAAUGGAAGUGGCUCAGACAGAUUUUGAGAAAAAUGUGUGGGCCUUCUUAAAGGUAAAUUUUGAAGAAGAUUCUCGUGUCAAGUACCUUGAACUCUUGGGGUACAGGAAAGAUGAUCUAGGAAAGAAGAUUACUUCUGCUCUGAAUAGAGAGAGUCUAGCAGAUGGUGAGCAAGAAGAGGCUCCUAAAGAAUAUGACCAAUUAGUACUAAAUGACAGUGAAGAAAGUCACGCUGCUGAGGAGCAGUUCCUGGGAGAGAGUACCAAAGAGAAUGAACAGGAGACUGAAGAUCUGACAUCUGCAAAAGAAACAUUUAACAUCUCUGUCAAUGGCGAUGUUGAUGGUUUGAUUACCCAAGCUUUACUGACUGGCAACUUUGACAGUGCAGUCAGUCUUUGCUUGCACGAUAACCGUAUGGCAGAUGCUAUCAUACUAGCCAUAGCAGGUGGACAAGAGCUUCUGUCUAAGACACAGAAAAAGUACUUUGCUAAGAUGCAGAGCAAAAUCACCAGGCUCAUCACUGCUGUUGUGACCAAGAACUGGAAAGAGAUAGUUCAGUCUUGUGACUUGCAAAACUGGAGAGAGGCUUUGGCUGCUGUGCUGACUUAUGCCAGGCCGGAUGAGUUUGCAGCUCUUUGUGAUUUGCUGGGCACUAGACUUGAAAAUGAAGGGGACAAUCUCCUGCAGACACAGGCUUGUCUGUGUUAUAUUUGUGCUGGGGAUGUAGAGAAACUAGUUUCAUGUUGGACUAAAGCUCAGGAUGCAAGCAGUCCCUUGUCCCUUCAGGACUUGAUUGAGAAAAUAGUAAUCCUACGUAAGGCCGUGCAGCUCACACAGGCAGUGGACCCUAAUGCUGUUGGGGCUCUGUUGGCUGAGAAGAUGAGCCAGUAUGCAAAUCUGUUGGCUGCGCAAGGCAGUAUUGCUGCUGCUUUGGCUUUCCUCCCUGCAAACACCAGCCAGAUGAAUAUUGUGCAGUUGCGGGAGAGACUUUGUCAAGCUCAAGGAGAACUUCCAGUGGGACCAGAGGCACCAAAGUCACCUUAUGAGAGACAAUCCAUGCCCAAAGGAAGAGUUGGGCCUGCAGCUGGACAAAUGCCAUUGCCCCAAGUUCCAGCCCAGCAAUAUUAUCAGCAGGGAGACAAUCCACCACCUCCAGGUUUUAUUAUGCCAGGGACUGUUAAUCCUAACAUGCCAUCACAGCAGUCCCCAUCUCCUGGCUACAACAUGUACUCACAAAUUGGGGCACUAUCAACUUAUCCACAGACAUAUCAGCCAACCCAGCAGUAUUCUUUUGGAACAGGGGGACCAGCUCUUUAUCAGCCCCAACAGCCUGCAGUGCCUCCUGCUUCAACUUCAUACCCUAACCCUUCUCCUAACCCUCUUUACAUGCCUUCUGCUUCUCCACAUUCCAUACCCUCUCCAUUAUACCCAGCACAGCCUCAGCCCUCUCCAACAAGCUUGAAUCCUGGUGCUUCUUUCCCUCUUCCUUCAACUGGUGCAUCCUUCCAGCAUGGCAGGCCAGGAGCUCCAGCAACUUCUGUGGCUUAUGCAUUGCCUACUGGACCAACAGGACCUCAAAAUGGUUGGAAUGAUCCUCCUGCAUUGAACAGAGUUGCAAAGAAAAAGAAGAUGCCUGAUAAUUUCAUGCCUCCUGUCCCCAUCACAUCUCCAAUAAUGAAUCCUGUGGCAGAUCCACAAUCCCAGAUGCAGCAACCUCCAACUUCAGCACCACCUGCAGCCCAGGCUGCCUUUCAGCCUUCGCACCUUCCAUCGGGACAGCCUGUUUUACAAAACCCUUUCCAGCCUAUUCAGCAGCCCCUGGGGCAAUCGAUCAUGCCCCCUGCUGUCUCAAAGCCCAGCACUGAGGGGGCACCAGGAGCCCCAAUUGGCAAUACCAUGCAGCAUGUCCAGUCAUUGCCUACAGAGAAGAUAACAAAGAAGCCUAUACCUGAUGAGCAUCUAAUUCUGAAGACCACGUUUGAAGCUCUCAUUCAGAGAUGCUUGUUGUCUGCCACUGAUCCACAAACAAAGAGGAAGCUAGAUGAUGCAAACAAGCGUCUGGAGUUUCUAUAUGACAAACUUAGGGAACAGACACUUUCCCCCACAAUCAUCAAUGGCUUGCACAGCAUUGCAAAGAGCAUUGAAAUGAGAAACUACACAGAGGGACUGAACAUCCACACUCAUAUUGUCAGCACCAGCAACUUCAGCGAGACGUCCGCCUUCAUGCCAGUGCUGAAAGUUGUGCUUACCCAGGCCAAUAAGCUGGGUGUGUGAUGUGACCUCCUGACCUUUGCGAAGCUUAUGAUGUCACUUUUUCCAAAGAAGUGCAUUUCUAUAAUAAUAUGUGCAAGACAUGGACCAAGUAUCAGUCCCUAUAGCAUGUUGCGGUAGAAAUCUGAUCCAUGGCAUUAAACAAUUCCUGCAAAAUAUUUUCACCUUAGAAUGGCCUUUGCGCCCUGGUGCUUUGUUUUUAUUUUAGUCUUUUUUCAUCCCUAAUGAUUCCUGUCUACAGAUAGUAUAUUUAAUGGAUUAUGCCCCAUAUUGUCCAUUUUAAAUGCAUGCUAUACUGCUAAACAGUGGCUUUUAAUAUACAGGAGUAUCCUACAGUGACCCUACUCCUAUCAAAGAAGAUGAUAGAUUGUGUAUCAGACCUUCAAACAAAUUCUGUCCCUUACCUCGCUCCCUGUCAUUCCUUCAUAUCCACCAGAUUAAAGUGUCUGAUCCUGUUUUAAAUGUAUUUGGUCUUUCAUUUUUUUUAGAACUGCUUUCAGUUCAGCCCAAUAAAAUUAGAUGUUGAACAGC